GUUUGUGAGAGAGAGAGAGAGAGAGAGAGAGAGAGAGAGAGAGAGAGAGAGAGAGAGAGAGAGAGAGAGAGACGGAAAUAGUGACAGAGGGAGUGGAGAUAGUGAAGGAGAGCGGUGACUCUUAUGUGUUUUCAUUUUUUUCUAAUGACCACUAACACUGUGCAGAGGAAAGGAAACACAGAGCGGCUGUCAACGCAUACAGUAGAGGGAAAGGCUACAAAAUUCUCUGGAAACACACACACACUCUCAUUUGCACCUGUUGAGCUCAAUCCACUUCAGAUCCAGUAGUCAUGGUCAUCUCCAAUGCUGUGUGAGAGUGUGUCUACAUCUAUCAGAGAUUUUCACUUCUUCUAAGGAGAGAGAUGUCAUCAUUGUAUUCACGCAACAAGGAUCUGUCCUCUCGCUCCAGAAAGUCUCUAUCGGACUCGCCACCCUCGUCCCCGUCCCCCAGCACCAAAACCUUCAGACAAGACCGAGCAUCAAGCAGGUCGGACUCUAGUGGUGUGGAGGCCUCGUCAGAUAGACUGGCAGCUCGGACCAGCACCUACACACGCAGAGAGAACAGACUUGCCUCUUUGAACAAAACAGAGGAUGACUCUGCCAGCAAGGACUACAAGAAGCUGUAUGAGGAUGCACUGGCUGAGAAUGAAAAGCUGAAGUCUCGACUAGAGAACAGUAAGCAGGAGCUUUCAAAAAUUCGCUCACAGCUUGACAAAGUCACACAGAAGCAGGACAGAAUAUCAGAGAGAUCCACUGUAUUUGAAUCAGAGAAAAGGGAAAAGGAAGCAUUGGGGAAGAGGGUCUCAAACAUGGAAGAAGAAUUAAAGACCCUUCCUGCUCUGGCUCGGCUACAGGCUCUCCGCAGUGGUAAUGAGCGCCUACUAGUGGAGAACAAAGCUAUGCUCCGCACCCUCGCCCACCUCUCUCAGAUGGCUUCUCUCCCUGAGUCGGAGGAUCUCUAGUCCUCCGCUCAGUCUCUUUCCCUACCUCCUUCCAGUUCUCCGUUGCACCCUAAAGUCCUCUUUCUCCACCCCUCUCAGGUUUUGACAGAACUCAAGUCUGAUAACCAGCGACUGAACGAUGAGAAUGGAGCCUUAAUCAGAGUCAUCAGCAAACUUUCCAAGUGAGGAAGAACAUGAAACAGAGCCAAAUACUUGGUUUAACACUGAAUAGAGAGAUACCAAAUCAGAGAAACCAUAGAGCUUCAAGUGUCCCUCCAUAUACUAUACAUCAACCUGACCAGUAUCAUACUUAGUAAUGGGUUUGUGCUAGUUCUCUUAGUGUAUCAUCUCCAAGGUAAAUAUAUCUUCACAAAACCAGAGAUCUACCCUGCUGGAAAUCCAGCUAAACCUGCUUAGGUUGGUAGCUGGGUUUACAAGGUUUCUAACUUGUUGAAGUUGGCCAUAUAGUUGGUUGACCAUUUGGACUGCCUGCUGGUAAAGCUGAGUUUAACCUGGACCAUCUUGAUCAACUUGGUGCGAGCUGACGGACCUCAGAUAGAAAGAUCUUGGGUGAAGCUGGUGACAUAACAUAACAUAAUGAAUGAUGGUGAACAACUGCUGGUCUUUUUAGCAGGGAAGAUCUAUACAAUAAUUCUUUUGAAUAGUAUGUGAUCACACACAAUCCGAUCCAAUUGUUCUAAAUUGUUUCAGGGUGACUUUUCUAAAGCUCUGCCAUUUGAUUUUUAAACAACAUGUUCACUCUGACUGGCGACCUGUCCAGGGUGUCCCCCGCCUUUCGCCCAAUGUUAGCUGGGAUAGGCUCCAGCCCCCCGCGACCCUGUACACAGGAUAAGCAGUUGACGAUGGAUGGAUGGAUGGAUGGAUGUUCACUCUGAGCAAUGAUGUCACUCUUUUACUCUAUUCUCUGUGCAUGUCAAUCCAUUUUUCAAAGUCUUUUGAUUAUGUUUAUAUAUGUAAUGCGGUUGAAGAAUUGUUACAUGACACCAUUGUUGAAUGUGUCUUAUAUUUAUUUAUGCUUUUCAGAUUUUAAUUAAGAGUGUAUAUGUAAAAUAUACAACAAAAAAAAAAACACACCACUAGUAUUGUUUUUAUGCAAUUUCCAAAUGCUUUGUGUAUUUUAUUUUAAUUUUCCACCGUUUUCAACCUGUAAUCUUGAACCAAUGCUCACAGCACUUUUUAUGAUUGUGUUAAUUGUGUGCCUAUUCUAAUUAUUAAUAAUAACACUGUAAAGUAUGAAGAA